AUGAACACCGAUGAAGAUGAAAAGAAAAAGAAUAACAAUGAUAAAAGUAAACUUUUAGUCGGAUCAGGAUAUCUACAGAGAUUGGUGGUGUAUGGUCUAUCACGUAUAUGUAAGCGUCUAGAUCAACUAAGUACCUAUUCAAAGAGUAUUAUUGAAGAUCUAGAUCUAGAUGAAGAGACUAAAAGAGUUAUAGAGUCUAGUCAUUUGACAAGGUUUGCAAUUGCAUCUAUCACUUUUAUAUGUUCUCCAAAAGUUAAAAGAAAAGUACCUGCACAACAGAUGGUUGAUUUAGGUCAACUUGAAAUGACCAAUAUAAGCAAGUUGAUAGAGAUACAACUUGCAACAUCAAUUCCUCUACCUCCUGUUGUAUUGGAACUAAGUAAAGAUGAUUGUGAUAGUCAUUAUAUCAAUCUUUACAAGAUUACAAUGGCUGUGAUGAUAAGAACAAUCAAGAAAAUACGUGACACCAAUGCAGAUUAUAGCAAGUUGGCAGUACAUUUAACCAUUUUACUACGUCAACUAGAUAUUGGCAAUCAUAAAGAUUUAAUUGUAAUAAUAUUAAUACUUUUAAAAUGGAUGAUAAAGAAUGAGAGAAGUAGUGGAGAAAGGGUUUCAUUGGAAGGAUUGGAUAAUGAAUUCUUUCAAUUACUUUUUGAAAAGUAUUUAAUUUUAAAUGAUGAAGAUAAGGAUGAGGAUAAACAAUCAUCAAAAAAAUAUAUUCUCUAUCAUACAUUUAAUCUUUUAAAAUCAAUUAUUAAAAUACCAACCUUUAAAAGAUUAGUUUGUGAUUGGAAUCAACCUACAUUUCAACUACUUGCAUUUAUGCAUCAGAAAUAUGUAAAAGUUUAUGAGUUACAACAACAACAACAACAAGAUCAACAACCUCCUCCUCCUCCUCCUCCUUUAUCAUCCCAAUCAGCAAGGUCAUCACCACCUUUACUGAUGGUAUUGGAAAAAGUGGUGUCACAGCUAUUAGGGUUUCAUCAAGACAUUCCUUAUGAUCUUUGGGAGAGGUUGUCUGAUUUGGCUUUGGUACCUUAUACUCUGAGUGGCAAGUUUACACUAACCAAAGCAACUCGUAAAGCUUUACUAUACCUAGUAACUUAUUCUUGGGAUACUACUACUGUUAUGCAUCGAAAUCAUUAUCAAAUAAUCCAAAUCAUUAAAGACUGGCUUUCACCAAUCGACAAAACAACAACCUAUGGUAGUCUUUUAGUCAUGCAAAUAUUCUCUGUCAACAAUUCUUCUGCCUUUAUACAGAAUCUUCAUCAACACUUUAUCACCCAAGUACCAUUAAUUUUAAAACAAAAUCCCGAUUCUUUGGCCAUGAUCGAAAAUAUUUUAAAUGUAUUGUAUUCAAUUGUCAAGAUGCAAAAUAAUAAUUUAUUACGAGCAACCAUUCCUAUUCUUGCACCAGUCAUAGCAUCUAUUCAAGGAUUUAGCUCGAAACAAUUUUUUUGUCUAAAUGACAUCAUUCAAAUUUAUUUGGAAUCAAAUGAUCGAGAGAUAGCGAUGGCUGGUAUUCAAGUUGGGUUUAUUGGGUUAAUGGUGGAAAGAAAAAUCAAGAUUCCAUACCUUCAUCAAAGUGAUCCAUCUCUAAGAACAUUGAUGAAAUAUCAUUUUGUAGAAGCUCAGUUUAGUGGUGGUUUUACAUUAGAAUCAAUUCGAACUAUUCCAUUAUCUUUACAAAGAGAUAUUGAUAAUUUAAUAUUUAUUAAUCAUUCUUUUUAA